AUGGCCCAGGCCUCGCCCUCGUGGCAGAGGCUGAUGGGGCUCCUGUCGGUGCUGCUGGCCAUGCUCCUCGGUCUCUCGGCCGAGAAGCAGGGUGCCGCCGCCGCCGGGUGCCCCGCUGAGAUUGUCUCGGCACCGGACAACACCUGGUCCGUCGACUUUGACAACAGGACCGACGUCUCUGAGACCCAGAGAGAGAGCUCGUACGUCGAGAGCCUGAGGGAGGAGUUUGAGAAGCUCGAGGCGACCGGCCUUGCCGGCACGGGCGCCGAAUCCAGCUUCGAAGACUUCACCGUCAAGAUCCCGGCCUCCUGCCUCAACGGCCCCGCCGCCAAGAACAAGCACGCUCCGCUCGAGCUCCCCGUCAGUCUCGCCAGUCUGCACCUGCGGACCGUCCAGACGUGGGCCAGCUACAUGUAA